CGGACACCCAAAAACCACGCUAUUUUGUUUAAAAAAUGUAGUUUUGAUUUCUAUUUUCUAGAACUACCCAUUGCAGUUAGGUGUUCUAAUUACCAAAUUGCAAAUUGAUCCCAUUAAUUUCCAUCCAUAAAGUUAAAAAUAGAAACAUGUAGUGCAACACCGUAAAAAUACUAAAUCAGCAAAUGAUGAUUCCUUACAUUUCUUGUUUUGAAAGAGUAAUUAACUAUGACAAAAAUCCACAAUGGCAAAAUUUCUUCCACUUCAUUCUAAACGGGGCUCUCAGACACCACGAGUCCCCCAGAAUCUCACAAUGCAUACAUUCUCUUUCUUCAUCGUUUUUCUAUUCUUCAUAUUUUCCAAUGUCGUCGCCGCAACGCAAUUAGAACAGCUUUCGUCACCACCUCCACCGGCACCAUCAAAAGAUCCUUCGGCACAAUCAAAAGAUCCUUCGGCACCUCCACCACCGGCACAAUCGCAAGAUCCUUCGGCACCUCCUCCACCGGCACAAUCAAAAGAUCCUUCAGUACCUCCUCCACCGGCACAAUCAAAAGAUCAUUCAGCACAAUCAAAAGAUCAUUCGGCACCUCCUCCACCGGCACAAUCAAAAGAUCAUUUAGCACAAUCAAAAGAUCCUUCGGCACCUCCUCCACCGGCACAAUCAAAAGAUCAUUCAGCACAAUCAAAAGAUCCUUCGGCACCUCCUCCACCGGCACAAUCAAAAGUUCAUUCGGCACAAUCACAAGAUCCUUCGGCACCUCCUCCACCGGCACAAUCAAAAGAUCAUUUGGCACCUCCUCCACCGGCACAAUCAAAAGAUCAUUCGGUACCUCCUCCACCGGCACAAUCACAAGAUCCUUCGGCACCUCCUCCACCGGCACAAUCAAAAGACCCUUCGGCGACACAAUCAAAAGACCUUUCGGCACCACCUCCACGGACACAAUCAAAAGAUCCUUCGGCGCCUCCUCCACCGGCACAAUCACAAGACCCUUCGGCAACUCCUCCACCAACACAAUCAGAAGACCCUUCAGCUACAAAAUUCACCGGUCGCCGCCGUCGUAAUGCUGCAAAAUUCUUCGGAUAUGUUCGAACAAGCAACCAGACGUAUUUGCAUAAUGAAACCGAGUUAGCGGACGAGUUCUUACACGCGCACAAUUGGGUGCGAAAGGAGUACAAAUUACCGCGGUUGGCGUGGGACGAGAAACUUGCGAAUAUGAGUAAAAAAUAUCUUAUGGAACGAUAUAAUGAUUGUCAAUGUACUCAUUCUAACUUAACUUUUGGUGAGAACCUGUUUUGGGGAAAGAGGUUGCAUUGGACACCUUGUGAUGCGGUUUAUUAUUGGUACAUGGAGAAGAAUGAUUAUGAUUUCAAUACCCUUAAAUGUGAACCUCCGCCAAAAGAGUGUGACCAUUUUACACAACUUGUGUGGAGGGACACAACACAUAUUGGAUGCGCCUUGCAACAUUGCAACAAUGGUAUCGGCAUGCUCAUCAUCUGUGAGUAUUAUCCAGGGGGUAAUUAUGUCAAUGAGAAUCCUUUCGUUCAUGCAGUACAUUAACAAACUCGUCAUGCACCUCGCCAAAAUUAAUUCAUCGUCUCCGACCAACUCUAUAUGAGAAUGGAUCUCUCAAUUUAUUUUAAUUAGUUGAUAUAAAUUAUUAUUUCUUAUAUUACAUAUUAUGUAUACGCUCGUUUUGUUGUCUUUAUUUUAUUAUGAAGCUUUAUUUUUUUAUCUCAUUAAUUUGGUGUUGUAUCCCAGUUUCCCUCGCAAAUUAUUGUACAUAAUUUGUAUAAUUGGUUUGGUGUUUUUGAGUUACGAUUAGUUGAAAUUGUAAUAAUAGAUAUAGUUUCUUUUUGUUUUUACUUCUUUUUCUUUUAUUUCCUCGUUUGUGCAAUGGGAUAGAUAUGUCCUUACUUGAAAAAAAAAAUUUAGUCCUUAAAAUAAAACUAACAGUAG